GAAAGGAGAAUUUGCGACGUCAUUUGCAUCCAUUAUUACUUCCUUCAAUGAGCAGAAGAGGCGCAUCCUGUUACCUUCCUAUCUGAAACCAGAAGGCUUGAUGGACGGCUGGCGGCUCUGCUGCGCUCUUGACGAACACACACACAUUCUCCGCCCUUCAUUCAACCUCCGCUCUCCAUCGCCAGUCGUUGGCGAGUCUCAUCGAUGGUUCAUCUGAAUAGCUUUCCCUCGCUCGCUGUUUGCAGAUCCUCUCCGUCUCCCCUCUUGUUGCUCGCUCCACGGACAGUCCGCUCUGGUAUAGCUUCGAAAGAUUAACACCAUGCGCUACGAGAAUUGGGACGUCCUCCUCUUUGCCGAGGGGUCGAGGGUGCCCAUCCAGGAGUUUAGGACGCAGUGCUUCGUUACCAAAGACCGUGCUGUGAACCUUCAAGUUUUAGGUGCUAAGUUUUAUAUGGCGGAGUUUUUAGAAUCUCCGUACUUGCAGACCCAAGCAUUCAUUAACCCGAGUCUUUUCUUUCCCCAGAAUAACAACAGUCUUCAGGGUGGCCCUGGCCAGGUUCCAGUCCUCACCACUUUCAUUCCAAGUCUUCCCCAGGACAACCCGUUUAGGGUCUCCAUUCAUAGCUGGGAGAGGCCUCGCCCCACCAGGGUUCUGGAGGGUGUGAUGCAGCCGGAUGACUCUGUCAUGUAUGAGGUGCGGAUUUUCAUUGAUGGAUUCUGCGUCUCGGGAAGCCUUUUCAACCAAAAAGCUCAUUGGCCUCAUGUCGUCGAAUGGAGUUCUCAAUUGGACAAAAAUGGAGACCAAGACUGCAUUCGCUUCCCUCCCUUUCACGAAGAGAUCCUGCGCCAUACCCACUGGGACGCCGGGGAGAUGUACGGCCGGAUUAGGGUUGUUGUUGCAGAGGGGCUCACAAGACCCCAUCGUUCUCCGCCUUUUGAACGAGUGAGGGAUAUUAUCGUUUUCUCCUUUCAGCAUGCCCCUCUAAAUGUUCUAGAACACUCCAAUAUCGCUUGGCCAAAUCCAGGAAUGUGGCUCCAAGGCCCUCGUGCCUUUUUGCCGUAUAGCGUUGGGGGAGAGAAGGCUUAUGUUAAAGAUGAUGAUGCGCAUUCGCAUUCACCAAGCCGUCAAGACACUCGGCCUACAAUCGGUAACAUAGAUCCCGGCCAGGCUAACUUACCCUACCGACUUCAGGGGACUGCUGCCGUGCCAUGGCAGCACAAUCUUUGGCCCGAAGGCGAUCUGGGAUGGGUUGUCCCGACUCCCCCAAUUGUGGAUCCUUUUGUUGAUCCCUACAGGAAUUGUAGCAAUAAUCGCUCGACCUUGGAUGACGUUUCGAUGCCAGAUUACGUGGCUUCGACUACAAGCAGCAGCCGAGCCAUAUCUAGUAACAUGAGCUUUUCAAGGAACCAAGAACCUAGCGCACCAGCUCCGAUUGAUGACGAACAGUAUAACCAGCUAAUUGAGGCAUUGAGUCCUAAAAAGGUUGUUAGUGGCGGUACAUGUGCUCCUGCCAACACGCCAGUUUCGACUGCCCCGAAAAAGACCAAACUGUCGGCUACUGCGGAGACUCGCGUUAAGGCAACACGUUCUGGACCGCUGCAAGAGAUUUCCCAGCCUGGUUCAAGGGUAUCUUCUGCUUCCAGUGUUGUGUCUGAUGCAUCUUCUGGCGGAAAACUCCCUGGUAGCCUUCUUAGCCCCAGCCCAAAUGCAUUUGGCAAAGAAAAAGCCUUAUCCCCGGCCUCUAGCAGAGAUGGUUCUGUUUCACGCGGGACUCAUUUGAAGCCGACACUUCCAGUUACUUCCUCGAUUGAUAGCAAAAGGAAAAGGUCACCAAAGACAGAUAGAAAGAGCAUUGAUUCAACGUCAUCGUUGUCACCAACCCCAUCAAAAAAGAUCUCUCGCCGAAAGGAGAAAGAAACACUAGAAAAGGAAAAUUCUUCGGACCUGUCUGCCACAAGGGCUACCAGAUUGUCGAUCUCCGACGUCGAAUAGAGUUGGAUGCUUGGAAUGAGGUUCAAUGCCCGAACGAAGUGAUGACGGUGCCGCACAGUUCUGGAGGGAUGUAGCGUAAAUUCUAUCCAGGCGGUUAUUUUGACGAGCCGAAAGCUGCUACAGGAUAGAGUCAGGCAGAUGUAUAGAAAGCAACGUAGAUCGAUAAAGGAGUGAAUCUUAGCCCACUAACGGGUUGGCUUUGUGAUGAGAGGAUUGCUAGGAAAUCGCAUCGAUACGUCUGUGUAUUGUAUACAUUAUUGUUGUUGAUAGCCAUUAAACUAGCCAGC